AUGGCUAACACAAUCCUCGACCUGUUUUACUCUCUGUCCAACUGCCUCUUUUGUUUUCCGGGCACGCCGCAGUUGAAAAUCAAUAACCGGAGCUUUCGUAUGCUAAGAUUACUGGGCGAGGGCGGUUUCUCCUACGUCUAUCUCGUCCAAGAUACUGCCGAUUCCUCCAUAUACGCCCUCAAGAAGAUUAGAUGUCCGUUUGGGCAGGAGUCUGUCUCACAGGCACUGAAAGAAGUCGAGGCAUAUACCCUGUUCUCACCACAUCCCCAUAUCAUUCAGAGCAUCGACCAUGCUGUUCAAACCGACAAAAACACUGCUGUUUCCGGGAUCGGUAACGACGGAAGCGGAGGUGGCGCCAGCAAGACAGUGUACAUCCUACUUCCCUACUAUCGCCGAGGAAAUCUCCAGGACAUGAUCAAUGCCAAUUUGGUUAACCAUACCCGCUUCGGCGAGCGCAGACUGAUGCAAUUAAUGCUGGGAGUGUGUAAAGCCCUGAAAGCUAUGCACCAAUACACAAUUCGCAACAAUCAGUCACGAAAUGCUGCACAGGCUAUUCGUAACGAAGCCGCCAAUGAGGAUGCUGAUGCCGCACGCCGGAAAGCUCGUGGUCCUACUCGUGCCAUGACGGCAAACCAGACACAUCAGGAAGAACUAGGAGAUGAGCAGGAACAGCCUCUGAUGCCCGAAAAUGAAGUUACUCGCGCACAGGAGGGUAAGUCCCCGGGCGACGAGCGUGCCUAUGCACACCGAGACAUCAAGCCGGGCAACAUCAUGAUCGACGACGAUGGACGCAUGCCCAUCCUCAUGGACUUGGGCAGUCUGGCCCCGUCACCAAUACCCAUUACGAGUCGAAGUCAAGCAAUCGCGGUGCAAGACACCGCUGCUGAGCACUGCACCAUGCCAUACCGAGCCCCGGAACUCUUCGACGUGAAAACAGGCAGUGUCAUCGACACAAAGGUCGAUAUAUGGUCCUUGGGAUGUACCAUGUAUGCCUGCUUAGUAGGCAAAUCGCCAUUCGAGGCACGCUCGGAUGAAACUGGUGGAAGUUUGUCCAUCUGUGUUUUGGGUGGUGACUGGCGAUGGCCUGGUGAAGGCAACGCGACCAAGGGCAAAGACCGAGCUCACCCACCGUCACGGUCUGGCACGCAAGUGAAUGGCGACUUGAACCCCACAGGGGGAGCAACAGCAGCAAAUCCUUCGGCCGAAAGGGUUUACCCUCACGCUGCCGCGAGGGAAGUCGUGCGCCGUUGCCUACAGGUCGAACCUGCCGACCGCCCCGAUGUGGAUGAAUUAAUGACCUUGAUUGACACAUGUUUGAGCGAACUACCAGAAGACGACGAAGGUGGACCCAUCAAUGACAUGGUCUAG